AUGGAAAAAAUCUACUCCUUGGUACAGGAUCUAUCCAAUCCAGCCAGUUCAGAAGCUAGACAAGAAGCCUUACUAGAGCUAAGUAAAGGACGUGAAAGUGUACAAAAUCUUGCUCCACUGAUAUGGCAUUCUUUUGGAACUGUGGCUGCUUUGGUGCAAGAAGUAGUUGAUAUUUAUCCAUACGUUAAUCCACCAACUCUAACAGCUGCACAGUCCAACCGCGUUUGCAAUGCAUUAGCUCUUCUUCAGUGUAUCGCUUCACAUCCUGAAACAAGAUCGCUAUUUUUAGAAGCACAUAUUCCGCUCUUCCUGUAUCCCUUCCUCCAUACCACAACUAAAUCAAGGCCCUUUGAGUACUUACGUUUGACCAGCUUAGGUGUCAUCGGUGCAUUAGUUAAGACUGAUGACUCUGACGUAACCAGUUUUCUACUAUCCACUGAAAUUGUUCCCUUAUGCCUACGAAUAAUGGAAAUUGGAAGUGAACUGUCAAAAACUGUAGCAACCUUCAUCCUUCAGAAAAUUCUUGUCGACCCUAUCGGCUUGGCUUAUAUCUGUCACACAUAUGAACGCUUUUCGCAUGUGGCCAUGAUUUUAAGUAAAAUGGUGUCAGCUCUUGGCAAAGAACCAUCAGCUCGAUUGCUCAAGCAUGUUGUUCGAUGUUACUUGUGCUUAUCGGAGAAUUCUAGAGCUAAAGAAGCCCUGAGGCAAUGCUUACCAGAGCAACUCAGAGAUAAUACUUUCGCUAUGUUCUUAAAAGAAGACAACUCAACAAAGCGUUGGCUAUCUUCAUUAUUGAAAAAUUUAAACUUACCUGAUCCUGGAUUAAACGAACCCCGCAAUCUAGUAAUGUCGUGA